AGAACAGUGACUACUACCGCCAUCGCUGGUGAUUCUCCGGCAGCUACAGCGGCUGGAGCAGCAUCCAACGUCGUCGUCGUCAUCGUCAUAGCCAUUGCAGUCGUCUAUAGAAGCCUAGUUGAAGUAACAGCCCCAGAGGCUACGAAACAGGGCCAAGCAUAGAUAGAAGAUACAGCAGAAUCAGACAGAUAGACAGCCGCUCGUGGUGGUGUAUUCCGCUGUGCUGUGGUCAUAAUGGUACUGCUAGAACAGCUCAUGUUGAAUGGGUCGCUAAGUCGGCCGCUGUAAUCAGCGCUAUACUCCGCUGCCUUUGCUGGGUCGUAGUGGAGCGACGAGGACAAAAGAAAACAAAGAAACUCUGUCCGAUUUGGCCUGGUUUGUCUUCUAACAGGUAUCUACGGCGAUAUGUGUGGUUGUUCGUGCUUGACGACGGCAGGCGAGGUCCACAUAACGUCAACUACAACAUACACACAAAACUAAUGCAAACUACUUAGACAAAAAGUUCUCCAGGACUAUACUGAACCAUUAGUCUGCCAGUUUGUAUCUAUUAUAUCAGUUUGAUUGUCGGGUGUUGUUUGUGCUGCUGCUGCUGCUGUUGUCGCCGCCACCUCUUCGUACGAACAACGGGUAGACGCGGUAGACCAUCAUUCAGCCAUUAAUCCGUGGACAUCGGGAUUGCACGCUAGGCUGUAUGUUGCAACGCGAUCACAGUGGCACUCGUCUAGGACUCAGAGAAAGCGCUCCAUGCCAAACGAACUGUUACUGUUUUGGCUCUCUAGGGCUAUCGGUGCCGGUUUGUUCGGCGGCUCAACUGAGUUACAGGUGGUUAUUGUUGCAGCGCCUUGUAGACCUAAAGCAAAAGUGACACGAGAGCACUUCAGCGCAGGACCGAAUUGGCAGCAGCCAGCAGAGGAGCGAACAAAUUAUACUAGAGACACUUACUGAUAUUAGGAGAACCAGUUUUGUCGGUGUCAGCGUGACUGGUAACGGUGUGAAAGUUGAUUUGAAGUGUUUUGUGAGGCGUGCCCCCAGCUUCCCGGAUAUAGUAAACACAAGCGAGGCUAGAAAGGAUACGUUGACGUCUACAAUGUUGAUCGAAGGCAGGUGUUCGUCUUGGAGCUAACGAAAAGCGGCGCUUGCUCGAAGCAAAGCUGCUGUUCAUCGGAUAGACAAGUAAGAGACAAAGGAGCUCUGUACUCCUUAAUAAGUGAGAAUCUUCCGAAUAUCUUCGCAGGAUCCUUCUUCAGCUUGUGACGGGAACUGUGAGAAAUUCCAUCUCUCAACUUUCCUGAAAUCCCUGAGCACUUUGUUCCUCAACAAAUUACCAACUUCUGUUUACUUGGUGACGGCUUCGCACAUCUAACAGCCUGCCAAUGCUGCUGGAGACAUGCGCUAGCAGUUCUGCAUCAAGUGGACUGCUUGGCGGGGCCGUCAUGUCGUCGGUACCUCCAUCAUCGGCGCUUUCCUCUGUCACCAUUAACGGAAAUUACCUGCAUGCAAACGGGGCGGCAGCUUCUGCCCUCACUAAACCCAACUUGGUCACCGUUGUUAAGGUGGGCAGCCCCCCUGCAUGGGGUGAGGAUGCCCGCUCGUUGACAUCAUUUCAAACGUUUCCUCGGGCUCACUCGCGAACAACAUCGUCCUCUGAAUCUCCGGAUGCUAUUUCAGGUGGCGUUCCGCUGGCGCCUUUAAACCCUUUGUCCGGACCCGACACAUCACAGGGCUCAACUACUACUUCAUGUAGUACCUCUACCGACAGCUCAUCUAUACUUACUGUGCUUAUUCCUCUGGGAGCAGGAGACCGACGAUUCGGUUUCAGUGUAAUCGGUGGUGUUGAUGAACGAUUCGCACCGAAAAUCGAGGCAAUAAACGCAGGAUCGCCGGCAGAUCGUGCAGACGUCCAGGUUGGCGACGAGAUUUUGGAGGUUAACGGACGUUCUCUGGCGCAGUGCACUCACACCGAAGUGAUCUCGCAUAUUCACCAAUGUAUUCGCGCCCGAUGUAUACAGCUGAGACUGCAAAGGCGUACAGUGGCAACUAAUGGAUCCAGUGGAGGAGCUGUAAGAGACUCUUCAGCAUCACUGCAUAAUAAGAACGGCACAAAUUCAAGCAAUACUUACGCCCUACCCUCGCCACCUCCAUUACCCAAUCAUCCAACAAGUACUUCUGGCAAAGAAGAUUCCAACUCGGUUUCUCAAAAGACUUUCGAUGAUGUCCUGCCUAGUGUAGUAGACGCGCCUCCGCCUGUAGGCUUCACAUCGGACGAUCCGCCAGUAUCUGGAGCAUCGCAUCAGAGCAACCCAACACAUAUUCCCCGCGCGUCAUCGCUUCACUUUGGAUCAGGCGCGGGAAGCUCUAAUGGUGCUGCUCAAGUUCAGCAUAACAUCCAGCAUAGCAUUGACGACAACUGCGCAGUCCCACUGCUAGCUCCUCUAACACCUCCAGGACCACUGCAUAAAACGAUUUCGGAACAAGGGCCAUCAUUAGCUGGUUCAUUAUCCAUAGUGAAGUCUAAUCUGCCGACUAAUGCAGCAAAAGCAGUUUCUCCACCCCUGGCGAUACCUAUCCCGUCACCACGCCGCACCUCGGAAAAGCUAUUGAAUCGGCCUGUACUGAACAAGGUGGAUACUCCCCAGUCACCAUUAUAUAAAAAUCUGCAGAGCACACUUGAGUCACAGGGUCCACCUCGAUCGCCUCUGGCCAAAAGCCUGUCUUCGCCACCUCAGUCCCCAUUGAACACUGUAACCCCAGAAUUUCCCCUGGGCUCGCAGCUAGUCCCGCUCAGCUUGCCACCGGCUACAAGGCCGACGCUCGAGCUUAGCUCGGGUGCCCACCGAGAGAUGGCCGUGGAUGUACCUGAUGCAUUCGUACCAAUGGCGAAACAAGCACCAAGAUAUCCUCCGAUGAAAUCCUCGAUCGACACUUUGUCGCGAAACACCGAAGUAUCGAAAGUGGACACAAAAUGUCGCUCACUUAGACCAAAUGGGCAGUCAUCAUCGGGCCCUCAGGGUUUGGCUCAAACGCCUCAGGAACAGCAGAUGGAGAUGUUCCUUCGUUCAUCUAUACGGCAAUCGAAGAAGUUACGCGAGCUCGAAAAGAGCCCAGCGCCACUUCAGUCGCGAGGUGUAGUGAACAACGCUUUUGAGCCGGAACUAGGCCUCACUUCUCCGCCUCCAGUUCUACCUGUUCCGCCAGGCAAUAUUCCGAUGGCACCCGCGGCCCCCAUCGUUAUAGAGCCACAGCUAACAGUUGAUGUAACAAAACUCUACAAUGUCAGCGCUCUCCAGACGGCAUUGAAUCGCGUCAUUGACUAUGUUGGCAAAAACGGAUCGUUUGAAGAGGGUUUAGACGUCGAAAAAGUAAUAAAACUUCUCGAUACAGCGGAGUUCCAAGACUGUUUAGCGGUUACUAAUAUUAUCAAACAGAUUUUGUGCUCGCAGGCUUCCCCGCCGACUCCAGUUCGCUGCGAUGCCCAGGAGCUAUGCGCGCAUAUUGCCGAAAGCAGCAUUAGAGACACGGCAGAAGGACAGGAAUUACUAAACAUCCUAGGAGAUAUUAACAUGAGUCAAUUAAUCGACUGCCAUGACCGUGUUUCGAAAAUAUUUGGCGGACCGAAAAAUCCCCCGUCUGUCUACACCACACCCGUUAUACAAGCACCUAUACACUCAACACCCUCGCGACAACCCAUUGGCUCGACAAAUGCUACUCCCAAUUCGUCUUCGUGUGCGCCUCAACGCCGUAUCAUAGAGCCGCCUCCUGAACUUGCAGUACUUAUUGACGAGACAGAAAAUGGACACGUCAUUCACAUAGAUAAAACGGACGACCCCCUCGGUGCCACUGUCCGUAACGAGGGAGAGUCAAUUAUUGUUGGCCGGAUAAUCAAAGGAGGGGCAGCCGAGAAGUCUGGCCUUCUCCAUGAGGGCGAUGAAAUUGUCGCCGUGAAUGGCAUCGAGAUGCGUGGGAAAACUGUGGGGCAGGUCAGUGAUGAAUUGGCUAGGAUGACUGGCCAGCUAAGCUUCCUGAUCAUUCCUAGUGAUCGUUAUGCUUCACAACAUCACACGCAGCUCACCAGACCGGAAAACCUGACUAGUCAACAACCCGUCAUGCACAUUAAGGCCCAUUUUGACUAUGAUCCUGAAGACGAUAUGUACAUCCCUUGUCGCGAACUGGGAAUCGGCUUCAAAAAAGGCGAUAUUCUUCACGUGAUCAAUAUGGAUGAUCCGAACUGGUGGCAGGCGUACAAGGACGGCGAAGAUGAAUCCACCCUCGCGGGGCUUAUUCCGUCAAAGAGUUUUCAGCUGCGUCGUGAAGCCAUUCGCCAACAACUGAUGGGCUAUGCCGGUGAUGAACGAGGGAGUCAACGAAAGCACCGCUUUCUCUGUACCCCUACUACUGCGAAAAAAACGGGUUCUGCCAGUUUCAAUAAAGCUUCUCGUAAGAACUCGAAGGGCAAAAUGUACAAUGCUGCAACCCGCCCUGAUCCCGAAGAGCCCAUUCUUUAUGAAGAGGUGGGAUUAUAUUAUCCUCGGGCUAAUUGUAAGAGACCAAUCGUGCUUAUAGGACCCAGCAAUAUAGGCAAACACGAACUACGCCAGAGACUCAUGGAGGACACGUCAAGAUUUGCUGCAGCCAUACCACACACUUCCCGCCUUCGAAAGGAUAAUGAAACAGAUGGCGCGGAUUACCAUUUUAUUAGCCGUGCACAAUUUGAAAAUGAUAUCCUCAAUGGACGUUUUGUGGAGCAUGGAGAGUACGAAAGAAAUUACUAUGGAACAAGCAUCCGAGCUAUUCGAGCCGUUGUCCUUGCGGGACAAAUAUGCGUGCUAAACCUGCAUCCAGAAUCACUCAAGAUAUUGAAACGGUCGGACCUUAAGCCUUACGUAAUCUUCAUUGCACCGCCAUCUCUCGAAAAACUGCGGCAGAAUAGGGUAAAAGUUGGGGCCAGCGUUAAGACAGAAGAACUCAAGGAAAUUAUUGAGAGAGCACGAGACAUCGAGGAUAGGUACGGAAGUUAUUUCGAUAGCGUGAUCAUCAACCAUGAACAGGAACGGGCUUAUCGAGAUCUGCUUAAAGAAAUCGCAUUUAUUGAGCGGGAACCACAAUGGGUACCUAAACAAUGGCUGGGGUUUGAGUAAGACUAGUCAAAAGCUCUUAUGAUGGACUCCAGCAAGGUAUCGAUUGACACUUGGUUUGAACGGAAGAAACGUCCGUUUCUAGAUUAGAACUACUGGCGGGUACACUUUACACACGAGUAUGUACGACAUAUGUCUUUAGGAUGAUGUCCCGCUGAAGUUACUGAGUUUAAAUGGCAGGAUCUAGGAAAUAGGACUAUAAGGACUGCAAUGACAACAAAAAUCACCACAUUUCGUGCCUUUAUAAUAGUGAAGACUAAACGUAUUGUCUCUGAAUUCUGAACAGAAGGAGAAAAGGAAAAAAUAGGACAUAGAGGUCUUCUCUGAGGGCAUUCAGUGCUAACUUAGAAGUAUAAAUCUACACUGUCGGGAAAACAAACCGAGAACGCAUAUCGUUUCAUUACAAAAGCAUUUAUAAUCUAUGCGCCUACUAAAGUGUACUGUGAUUAUUUGCCAAGGUAAGUAGUCCUUUGCCUGAGGCAUACUCGCCGUGGCUGAACGUCAUAGUGUCAAAUGCCUUGGUUUUAGUAUAUAAAAAAAUAAAUGUACGUGGUGUUUGUUUCAUGUGUUGGGGAGUCACUGAAUAACGCGUGAUCUCAUUACCAACUAAUAAAAAUUUAGUUUUAAUUACAGAGUACUGUAAAGUUACCCGUCGCAUCGCAGUGUUAGCCCGAUAAGACAGUAAAUUAUUAGGUCGCGUGUUGGUUUCUCAGUGGCCCGCCCUUCCUAAUAGCAUGAGCAAUUGCGACCAAUCUAAUAUUGUAUGUAUUGCAACAUCAAUCGUAUGAGACGAACGACACUGUGCCAUGAAGAUGAACUAUUAUCAUUAUUAUUAUAUAGAAAAAUAGAGAAAUGUAAUUUUGUCUUUUAAAUAAAGUAUAGGAGCUAUCCUACAGCAGUGUAUGGCCAUAACGAUGAAAGCACGAGCCAAAACAGGACUCUAGAGGUUAGGCAAUGCGGAGAGUGAUGACAAAAAGAGCAAGUCGUAGAUGCAUUGUUCGAAAUACUAUACCCAAAAUAAUAACAUGUCAAGGCAAGGAAAAUGUAACAAGAAUAACGUAUAUCCUCGUCGAUUUAUCAAUAUAAAUAUCAAAACCGAGCAAAGUACAUAUAGGUAGGACUAUAUUUUGUAAAAAGAUCUAUAUAAUGUAUGUUCUCAAAACGCAUCAACCAAGCGCAGCAUCAUAGACUGUAUUAUUAUUGCUAUUAUUAAGUAUUGUGGCCCACACACUAGACAAUCAAAAUAAUGGCCCUGGCAAUAAGACAUUCACUAUUAACAUAGUUUGUCACCGUAGACAAAGUAAAAUACAUAAAACGACAAGCGACCCGUUUGUGGUGCUUAGAUACCGUUAAAAAUGGUACACAGAAAUACGAAGCUGAUUCACGCAUAGCUCUCUAUGUAACUUUAUUAUAACCUUGUUUUUAUAAUAGACAUACAUUACGAACAGAAUAAAGACGAAGAAAAGAAACAGAUCAG